AUGAGUGAUAGUACUCAAGAUAAAAAAAAGAAAUUAUCUGGUUACCAGAAUUUAAUGAGGAAAAGAAAACAAGAAGAAGAACGUGAUAAAAAUACAACUAAAAUAAGUAAAUAUUUUACGGCUUUACCAUCCACUUCCAAAGAAUCAUUAGAGACAGAAACCAGUAAUUUUAUCGAUGAAGAUGAUGUUAUGAAAUCUGAUUCAAAAAACGCUUCAGAUGAUGCCGCUGAAGUUACGUCCGUGCCUCUGCCUGAUACACCAUUGUCACCGCCAAAACAAUUAUCGUCACCAAUACCAAUUUUUUCCAAAGAUGACCCUGGACUCUGGCCAAAAGUUUUCAAUGCUACUAGGUUGAAAAGCAGCGCUGGUACGAUGUAA